GGUAUAAAGCCCCGCAUGUCCGGCCCCGCGCGCAACCUCUGCGUUUUCGUCUGGACCGCGCUCAACUACCCGGAGAAGACCAGCGGCAUGAGCAGCGCCCCCGCGCCGGGACCGGCGCCCGCCUGCCUCACCCUCUGGGACGAGGAGGACUUCCAGGGCCGCCGCUGCCGGCUGCUGAGCGACUGCGCCAACGUCUGCGAGCGCGGAGGCCUGCGCAGGGUGCGCUCCGUCAAGGUGGAAAACGGCGCUUGGGUGGCCUACGAGUACCCUGAUUUCCAGGGACAGCAGUUCAUUCUGGAGAAGGGUGACUACCCUCGCUGGAGCGCCUGGAGCGGCAGCGGCGGCCACCACAGCGACCAGCUGCUCUCCUUCCGGCCAGUGCUCUGUGCGAACCACAGUGACAGCCGGGUGAUACUGUUUGAGGGGGAAAAUUUCCAGGGCUGCAAGUUUGAACUCAGUGAUGACUACCCAUCCCUGCCCUCCAUGGGUUGGGCCAGCAAGGAUGUGGGCUCCCUCAAAGUCAGCUCUGGAGCGUGGGUGGCCUACCAGUACCCAGGCUACCGGGGCUACCAGUACAUACUAGAGCGGGACCGGCACGGCGGGGAGUUCCGCACCUACAGCGAGUUUGGCACGCAGGCCCACACCGGGCAGCUGCAGUCCAUUCGACGAAUCCAGCAAUGAUCCCCAUGGCCCCCUACCUUCCCUAAGGACCCUCAAUAAAGCCUCCUGAAGCUGCCUGC